AUGUCGUCUGUUGAUGAUCUGGAUGAUCAAUUGUCCUCUAUGAGUAUAUCUCCAUCGAAGCUGCCUACUACAAAGAAGUUAGAUCCCAAUCAAAAAAAGCCAACCAAUGCCGCACCAAAGUCUUCAAGUAUAUUCCUUAAAAAAAACUUUGGAUCUUUAAGCUCUCCAAAGAAGAAACCAUUAAAUAAGAAUACUUCAUUAACCCCAACCAAGAAGCCAGCAGCUUUCAAUAAAAAUGCUUUCUUCAGUGAUACCCCAUUAGCUGUUGAUGAUAAGAGAUGGAAUAAUAACAAGCAGUUUUUUUCUGAGUUUAGCAAACAAAAGUUAUCUCCCAACAAAGAUUCUUUGAAUCCAGUAGUUAUUGAUUCACCAAUGAAACAAAAUGAGAAUGUUGAUCCAAGAAAUGAUAUCCAAUUUCACCAGUCAGGGUUUAAGAAGUACGCAAAUGAGGAUUCACCUUUCAAAGAUCCCUACUCAGCAUUAAACAAUAAAUCAGUAUCUAGAACGGGUGCUGCUUUCUUAGACUCCCCAGAUCAAUAUGCAGAUGAACAAAAAUUAGUUGAUAACUUAUUAGCUAAGAUCGGUGAAGAUGACGAUAGGAAAGAAUUAAAGAAGCUACAAGAGCCAAUUGAGGAAAAAGACAGAAAAGUUAAAGGACUAAGCGUAAAUUUGCUAGACCAUCAAGUUCACGGUUUGAAAUUUUUGCGUAAAAGGGAACGUGAUAAGGUCAUUCAUAAAGGUGGUUUGUUAUGUGAUGAUAUGGGUCUCGGUAAAACUGUUCAAACAAUCGCAUUGAUAGUGAAGAACAGACCUGAUGCUGAUUAUAUGAAAGAUUUAGAUGAUUUGGAAAAUGAUGACUUGAAUAUUAUGAAUAAAAAUGUUCCUCUAAGAAAGUUUAAGGCUACUUUAGUUAUUUGCCCUGUUAGUUUGACAACCCAAUGGUCACAAGAAAUCAAAAAGUUUGCUCCCCACUUGAGAGUCCUGAUAUUCCAUGGUCCAAAUAGAGCAACUAAUUACAAAGAACUAAAGGACUAUGAUGUUAUCAUCUCGUCUUAUGACACAAUUAGAUCUGAUUUUGAAAAAGAAAAAUCCCCUAUAUAUCAAGGUUAUUGGUAUAGAGUUGUUCUUGACGAAGCACAUACUAUAAAAAACAAAAAAACCAAAACAUCAAUCGCAGCAUACAAUAUUGAAAGUUUAAGAAGAUGGUGCUUGACUGGUACACCAAUUCAGAACUCGAUGAGUGAAUUGCAAUCUCUAUUUAUAUUUUUAAGAAUUUCUAAAUUUGCUAAUGAAAACUAUUGGAACCUCGUGAUCUCAAAGACAUUGAAGCAAGGUAAAGCCAAAGAAGCCUUUUCCCUGCUUAAGGAAGAGUUAAAAGAGAUAAUGUUGAGAAGAACAAAAGCUAUUCUACAAUCGACCAAUUUCAAUUUACCACCAAAAAAUAUUCAUAGAUGUGAAAUUCAAUUUACAGAGCUUGAAGAACAAUUAUACACAGACUUGAAAAGGCAUUUUGUUCAUAGCCUUGAAGAUCAAUUUGAGGAAAUUGCAUUUCAAAAUAAAGACCCAAGCCUCAAGAAGUCGUAUGAACCAGGUACAUUAUUCAGUAAACUAUCACCAUCCAAAAUUGGAAUUGAUAAUAAAUCUUCAAAAAGUGACAGAUCCAGAAACGAAAAAUCCUUUUCGUUGUGUGCAAUUGUGUAUCUAUUAAGAUUACGCCAAGUUUGUUGUCACUGGAAAUUAUUGAGUGACUUGAGUGAAGAAGAUUUGGAAGAGUUGAAUAAAUCUUCAACAGUUACUCGUCAAUCUCAGCAAGGUAAUGUUUCCCCAUCAAAGAGAGAUAUGGAUGUUGCACAAGAAUUAGACGACAUUACAAAUUUUAUGAAUACACUUACUGUGAAAGAAACUAAAUGUGAAAUCUGCUUUGUGGAAAAAGUCAAAGGUACCGAUAAGGUUUGUACAAAGUGUCACGAGAAACUGGAAAAGAACAAGAAAUAUGAAGGUUCAAAGGUUUUGAAACUUCUCGAAAUCUUGAAGAAGGAACCAAAGAGAAAAACAAUUGUAUUCUCACAAUUUAGGGAAAUGUUAUUAUUGAUGGGUCCUAUUUUGAAAGAUCAUGGUAUAUCUUCUGUUAAUUACGAUGGUCAUAUGUCAUUAAAGCAAAAAGAUGCUGCGUUAGAAAAGCUAAGAAACAAUGAAGAUACCACUGUGCUUUUGUGUUCAUUGAAAUCUGGUGCUUUAGGUUUAAACUUAACCGUUGCAUCUCAAGUUGUUAUUUUUGAUCCUUGGUGGAAUCCCCAAAUCCAAGCACAGGCUAUUGAUAGAGUCUAUCGUAUUGGUCAGACAAGAUCAGUUGAUGUUUAUGAGUUUGCUAUCAAAGACUCUGUUGAAGAGGAAAUAUUAAAAUUACAAGACCGGAAAAGAAAUUUGGCAAAGGCAAUUACCGAUGGUGAUAAUACAGCAAAGAAUAAAUUAUUUGAAAAAUUAAGCUCUAAUGAUUUAAUCAAAUUGUUUGGUCUAGGAAAACAAUGA